CUGAUAGAAAUUGGUUCAUCCCUUCGGUUCACUGUAACUUCUUUGAAAGGUGUUACUUGUACAAUACAAGGAGUCGGAACCAGCACCUGGAAUGCUUGUCGCACUUAAAAUAACGUCAUGAGGUCGGAAACUCGGUGGAUGGGGAAUACCGAUGAUAUUCAGAGCAAGUACGACCUACUUGGUGUGAACUUUAUUAAAAUUAAACUUCUAAGAAUAUAGCAAGCACGAGGUAGGCAUCCAGUCAUCUACCUCAAUGUAGUCAUUAUUCCACUCGAGCACAAUUCAUCCACAAUCUAUUCUACUGUAGAAGUAUCCACAAAGCACAACCAACCUACCUUAAGAUCUUCAAAAAAAAAGCCACCGUCCCAAAGAUCUCAAGAUGUCCACCACCCCCCACACCAUCCUCGUCGUCGGCGCAACCGGCCAACAGGGCAGCUCCGUGCUCACAGAGCUCUCUCACCUCCUCUCCUCCACUACCUCCUCCUCCCCCCUCAAACCAAAAAUCCUAGCCCUCACCCGCACCGCCUCCUCCCCCAAAGCCCUCGCCCUCCCGUCCCAGUACCCGAACCUAUCCCUAACCGUCAUCGAAGGCGACACCCGGCUCCCCGCCCCGAUCUUCGCGGCCCAUCCCGAAAUCGACGCCGUGUUCAGCUACACGACGCCUCCCGACGAGGAGCCGCAGGCGCGCGCGCUGAUCGACGCCGCUGCCGCACACGCAAAGAAUGUGCUGGCAGGGCCCCUGCAUUUCGUCUUCUCGAGCGUCGACCGCGGCGGCGAGCCGGAGUCGUGGGAUGAGGAGACGGAGAUCCCGCACUUUGCGCAGAAGUGCCGUGUUGAGGUGCAUUUGCGCGAUGUGGCGCGCGCCUCGAGGGGGAGGCUGGUGUUUACGGUGUUGAGGCCGGCGGCGUUUAUGGAUAAUCUAAACCCAGGUACCUUCGGCAUGGUCUUCGCGAGCCUCUGGAACACGCUCCCCCCCUCACGCAAGCUCCAGCUCGUCAGCGUGCGCGACAUCGGCCUCUUCGCCGCCAAGGCCCUCAUACUCCCCACUUCCUACCACCACAACACCGCCAUCGGCCUCGCCGGCGACGAGCUCACGUACGACGAGGCGCGCGAGAUCUACUACCGCGUCGCGCAGGAGCAGGAGGAGCUGCCGCAGGCGUGGUGGGUCGUCGGCUGGGUCGUGCGCAGACUUUUUGCCGCGAGGGAUGUCGGCGCCAUGUUUAGCUGGUUUGAGAAAAAGGGGUAUGGCGUUGAUAUCGUGGCGCUUAGAAUGGAGGAGCCGCAGCUGCAGGAUUUCGAGACGUGGUUGAAGGAGAGUAGUAAGUUCAAGCUUGAUGAGUUGUAAGUAGGUACUUAUGCAGGUAGGGAUGCAUUUGUAUCGGUGGAGUGUUUUUAUGUAGCUUGAAUGCUGUGGCUUAGGAGUACCUACAUACCUAACCUAGUGCCUAUUCAUUUGAGUCGUCCCUUGUCAAAAGAUUUCUUACAUCUGGGGAAAGGAGGAAAUAGAAUAGGAUGCGUGUUGUAAUAGGGGGGAGGUACCCAGUGUCUACUUAGGUAGGUAACCUAGUGAAUUAGCCAGAACCCCUUUUCAACCCUAUUAUAUUGAGCAAGACACCUCAUCC